UCCACUUCCAUUCAUGAGAGAAAACUAUAUAUUUAUAAUUAAAGAUGGAAUAAUUAAUGCAAUCAAAGUGAUAGAUAUGCAAACUUGCAUUGUGAAAUUUAUGUGUAGCUAUAUCCAAUUUGCUACUGUAUCAGUGAAUUGAAUAAGUUAAGCAUUAUCAGCCACCUGCACAAUACACGCAUAUUCUUUAAAUUUAAUUGAAGUAAUUUUCCACUGUACUUCUAUUUUUAUUGUAAUAGAUCAGUAUCAGAGCAUGUUCUUUACUACACUGACUAUAGGUGUUGAUCUGCUCCUCACCACAGUAAUCUGAACUAAUCCUUUUAGCGUUUGUCCUAAUCUACGGCAGUAUUUGGGAAUGUCACAGACAGAGAGUGGUACUUCUUUCCUGGAACAGAAGCAUGUGGGAUGCUUUAUGUGUCUCUAAAGUGAUGCAUCCACUUUUGUAUGCAGACCUUACACUGUGCUUGGCUUUGGUGGUCUGUGCACAGAGUCCAUCAUGUCCGUCUCUGUGCACCUGUGUGCUCCAUGGUCGCAGCAAUGGCAAGGGACUCAGAACUGUGCACUGUAAAAACCCAACCUUGGCUGCCAUUCCUGUAGAUCUGCCAAGCGAUGCAGUCAAGUUUCGUCUAGAGCGCACCUCUGUUUCCAGGAUCUUCAGAGGUGCUUUCUCUGCCAUGCCAGAACUGCUGUAUUUGUGGCUUACAUAUAACUCCAUCACUGUUCUUCAUCCAAGGAGUUUCACAAACCUGUCUUUCCUUCAUGAGUUACGGUUGGAUGGGAACCUCCUGUCCUCCUUCCCCUGGGAGGGACUCAAGGAUGUGCCCCGCCUCCGAACUCUUGGACUGCACAAUAACCGCCUGGCACGAAUCCCUCCCGUGGCCGCGCGUUACCUUGCCAAUGUGACUUACCUGGACCUCUCGAGCAACAGGCUGAGCACCCUGCCUAAUGAUCUGACUGCUCUCUGGCCGUUCAGCGACAGCACUCAGACCCAGCGCUCAGUGGUUUUAGGUUUACAGGACAACCCCUGGGUGUGUGACUGUAGGCUUUCCACUUUGCUUGACAUAAGUAAAGCCCCAGAAACUUCUCUGGUCAUGUUGGAUCGAUUCCUGACCUGUAGUGAACCGCCAGAUCUUGCUGGAGUUCCCUUUCAGAGCGUGGAGCUCACUCGCUGCCGCAGGCCCUAUGUGGUGACCUCUGCCACCAAGAUCACAGCUCUACUGGGUAGCAAUGUCCUACUUCGCUGUGAAGCUACAGGACACCCGACGCCAACACUUACGUGGAUCAAAUCUGCUAUACCCAACCUUUAUAAACAAGGUUGUUGUAAGCAGAUGCAAAGCCGCAUGGACACUGAAAGAUUGCCCAAAAAAACUCUCUGGCUAUGUACAAGAAUCUCCACGUGUGGGAAUCCGCUGGUCAGCAGUCAGUCUGAAUGGAAUAUCAUAUAACGAUGCAGGAGAGUACCGGUGCAGAGCACAAAACAUGGCAGGGAUUUCAGAGGCCAUUGUCAGUCUGAAUGUGGUUGGGGUAAUGGCUGAAUAUGCAG